UAUUAUCGAUUACUACUGUACCUUCAGUUGCGCAGCGUAGUGUGUUCGUUUUCAGUAGUGAAGUAAAUAUUGUAGUUUUCGGUAUGGCUGCUCCAGCAGCUUGUACUCGAUUCAGUGAUAACUAUGAUCUGAAGGAGGAACUAGGAAAGGGCGCAUUUUCAGUCGUGCGGAGAUGCGUUCAGAAAUCGACGGGCCUGGAGUUCGCAGCAAAGAUCAUCAACACAAAGAAGCUAUCAGCUAGAGAUUUCCAGAAGCUCGAGAGAGAAGCUCGUAUAUGCAGGAAGCUGCAACAUCCGAACAUAGUGCGCCUCCAUGAUUCCAUACAGGAAGAGAACUUCCACUAUCUGGUCUUUGAUCUGGUUACUGGUGGAGAACUCUUUGAGGAUAUUGUUGCAAGAGAAUUUUAUAGUGAAGCAGAUGCUUCACACUGUAUACAACAGAUCCUUGAAAGUGUUAACCACUGUCAUCAGAAUGGUGUUGUUCACAGGGACUUGAAGCCUGAGAACUUGUUGUUGGCUAGUAAACAAAAGGGAGCAGCAGUGAAACUUGCCGAUUUUGGCUUGGCGAUAGAAGUUCAAGGGGAACAACAAGCAUGGUUUGGAUUUGCGGGUACACCAGGAUAUCUCUCUCCAGAAGUGUUAAAAAAAGAACCAUAUGGUAAACCAGUUGACAUAUGGGCUUGCGGAGUUAUUCUUUAUAUUUUGCUCGUUGGUUACCCACCAUUCUGGGAUGAGGAUCAACAUAGGCUGUAUGCGCAAAUAAAGGCUGGAGCAUAUGACUAUCCAUCUCCAGAAUGGGACACAGUCACACCAGAGGCAAAAAAUCUGAUUAACCAGAUGCUGACUGUAAAUCCCUCCAAGAGAAUAACAGCUUCUGAAGCUCUGAGGCAUCCAUGGAUCUGCCAAAGGGAACGUGUUGCAUCAGUGGUCCACAGACAAGAAACUGUUGAUUGUCUGAAGAAGUUCAAUGCAAGGCGUAAGCUAAAGGGUGCUAUUCUAACAACCAUGCUUGCAACUCGCAAUUUUUCCAGUAAGUAUGAUGCUCAUGGUCGCAGUAUCAUUACCAAAAAGAGCGAUGGGUCCCAAGUAAAGGAAUCAACAGACAGCAGCACAACUCUGGAAGACGAUGAUGUUAAAGAAGACAAACUUAACAAGACAGGUGUAGACAGGAGCUCUACAGUUAUUGCUAAAGAUCCAGAAGGCUUCAUCCGUGGCACAACACCACCCUCAACUCAACCGACUUUGGCUAAGGUGUUAACAUCCGCUCUUGCAACAUCUUCAGCAUCUUCAAGUGCAAAAGCUCCCGCUAACAUGAGUGCAGCACUUUUGCAAGAGGUGCAAGGCUCCCUAAAUAAAUCAUUAACAGAUAAAAAGAGUUUGGAAAAUUCAAGAAAUGUACGAAGUCAGCUGAAGCAUGCUAGUAUCUCUAAUCGUACUGAGGACUCUGAGAUUCUUGGCUACCAACCCUUGGACUGUGAUUCAGAUGAUACUGAUGAGAUAAGGAUUCUGUGCCCAAACAAGACUUGCUCCCAGCUAUCAACAAACUCUUAUGGAUCAGCCCGUAAGCAAGAGAUAAUCAAAAUGACAGAACAGUUGAUAGAAGCAAUCAGCACAGGUGAUUUUGAAGCAUACACGAAAAUAUGUGAUCCACAUCUCACAGCAUUUGAACCAGAAGCUCUAGGUAAUUUAGUCGAAGGGAUGGAUUUCCACAAAUUUUACUUUGAUAAUGUUCUGGGUAAAAACUGCAAGGCAAUCAAUACCAUCAUCUUGAAUCCACAUGUUCACCUACUUGGUGAUGAUGCAGCGUGCAUUGCUUAUGUUCGCUUGACACAGUACAUGGACAAGCAAGGACAAGCUCAUACCCAGCAGUCUGAAGAAACACGUGUGUGGCAUAAGAGAGAUAACAAGUGGCAGAAUGUUCACUUUCAUCGGUCGUCUGUGGCUGGCCACUCAGCCUUCGGCUUUGCCCAUAAAUAAGAACUAUGCACAAAUGUGAGUUUGAAGCUGGUGGCACUCACUUGCACCAUCCCCAGUAAAUGUUGACUGUUGGUGGCUCCAGUGUUGGCUGCUUCUUGUUCUGUGGUGUUAGUCACCUCAGCAUUCUGGUGCUUUGAGGAGUAUGUCAGUGGCUGCAGAUUGGUGAUAUAUUAUGGGUAUUCUCAAAAGAAACCCCAAAGCCCAUAGAUUAACUUAUUUUGCAACAUGUUAUGUAUAAUAAAUGAAGUGUACAGCUGCACAAGCACAUGCAGGUUUAGCUGUUAUUCUUAAUUUACAUAUUUGUUAAUUACAGACCUGAAUAUUGUAGAUCUAUUUAGUUUUUUAAGUGGUUAUAAUAUUUUGAUGAGCUUCCUACUUGUUGUUAGGAACUGUAUUUCCAAUUGCAAAAUGUUACUGUAGCACUCACAUAUUCAUCGGUUAUGUAAUAAGCUGACCUGACAAGCAUGAAUGCAAGUUGCAGCUGCUAUGAAAGAUAUUGUUGCCAAUAGUUUCAUUUCCUAAGAUGAAAUGAAACAGUACAAAUAGGUCAGGUGCUGAUAUGCAAGGCACAUAUGUUGCAAGUAACUGGCUGCUAACAUUUAAUGGGCUGAGGUGCAAAGUGUGCAGUUGAUGUACUCCAUAGUAAUGUUUUCUUUUUUCUACGACUUUAGUAUGAUGAGAAUUUUCCAGUCGGAAUCUCAGCUUUACUGGCGUAUACAUACUAUAAUUAUAUACCUUCAGUGAAAGUAAUUUUACAUUGUCCUUGGCGAGGACAUUCCAUAAAGAGGCACCUGUGAGAGAGGAUUCCUUUCAUACCAUUUAAAUCUAAGCAUUGUAUCUUUUAAGUCUUGCAGUAAUGCAUUACAACAGAAAUUGUUAACUAAUAAAACUGAAAGUAUUUUACAGACAACAUCUGUAUCAACUGCAACAGGAAUGACACUGUAUGGUUUUACAUUUGCAUGCAACAUUUUUAUAAGUGUUUACUGAAAAUGCCAAACUUUUCUUCAUGAUAGCUGCAUGUAAUAACUUAUUUCACAUUUGAAAGAUAAGCCAUUAAAAAUGAGAUAGG